AAACCACUGUUCCUUUCAAGGGGGUCAAAACGUUUUCCAUGGAUGGGAGCUUGUCAUGUGAGUAAAGAUGAAAGUAGCUUUGUUGCACUCUUCUGGGAAUCUUUCUAGGGAUAUUACUAAAGUCAAGAAUAGAUCAGAAAUGAAGAAAAGAUGGGGAUAUAAAGAAUAGCUUUCAUGGAAAAUUGAAAUCAUUCCUUUUCAAGUUUACAAUUUCCACCCUGAUCAUAGCUCCCCAACCCUGCAGGAUGGGUUCUUCCCAGAUAUGAAGGUGGCUGCGGCGAUAGGAUUUUGAUGCAACUGUGAUUGAUGUCAGCAGGUCCAGACCAUGAUAGUUCAUGACAAAUUUAACAGACAUUUAUUAAGUAGAUUCAAUGGGAACAGCUCCAGGCUAGAUGGGGCUGGGUGAUACAAAGGGAAGAUGUAAUCUGUGAAGGUCGUAGGGGCCAGUGAGGGAUUGAAAUACCAUGGAUAUGGGUUGUCAUACACCCACUUCACACCAGUUGCUCUUAUUCUAUGCCAUCAUUUCACAGAAACCUCCCACAAAUGCCGAGUGGAAUGGCAUGAUUCUCCUUAUUGCAAGAUGAGACUGUCUGGAAGGAUCCAGUGACUUCCCCAGUGAGUUGGGGACUGCCCCCAGCUUUGCACCCAGGCUUUUGUCUCUAAGGGAAGAGCUAUCACUCACUGCACAGGAAGCAGCAGGAGAAUAACCAAGUCACGGUCUAAAGUUGGGACACCCGACUGAGAUACAGAUUUCUGCCUGCACCCAUGAUACAGGAAUUCAGAAUAAGGGUGAGAUCCUUGUGGGCUCGUGUGAUGGUGGCAUGGCGAUUCAUGCUUGAUUGAGAAGACAAAACAUGAACACUUCUUUAAGACAAAACAUGAACACUUUAAGGGCUUCUUGCACAAGUGAAGUGGUUGUGGAAAUGUUUUCAAGGAGCAAAUGCCUUUUUAAUAGAAAAAUUGACUUGACUAGUUAGCAGAAGUUUUUCUUUCUUGGGUUAAAAGUAGUUGCUGCUAUUAUAUCCUGAAGCAUCUGGCUGUCCUGAUGGGGACAUAUGAGCGCUGCCACAGGCCUGGAAUAUCCCAGGCGGGUAAGAAUAGCCCACAAUAAGAGAUGACUGCUGCUUGCUCUGCUGGUCACUGCAGUUGUCAGGAAUGUUUUGCCUCAGAGGCUUAGGGCCGUCUCAACUUGGAGACAGAAAAACCCAUCUCCUACUCCUGGCUCAAAGCUUUGCUUUCUUAUCUCCAGCUCACACCUUUAAGUCUUUUGUAAUUAACGGACAUUUAUCCAGGCGAGGAUUUUUCCACCUCCUUGGAGAACACGCCCUGCAGUGUCUCCUGCAGCCUGGAGCCUGUGACAUUCUGGAAGCAUGGAAGGCGUGGACUUGCUAGGGUUUCUCAUCAUCACACUAAAUUGCAACGUGACCAUGGUGGGAAAGCUCUGGUUCGUCCUCACGAUGCUGCUACGGAUGCUGGUGAUCGUCUUGGCGGGGCGCCCCGUCUACCAGGACGAGCAGGAGAGAUUUGUCUGCAACACGCUGCAGCCGGGAUGCGCCAACGUUUGCUAUGACGUCUUCUCCCCCGUGUCUCACCUGCGGUUCUGGCUGAUCCAGGGCGUGUGCGUCCUCCUCCCCUCCGCUGUCUUCAGCGUCUAUGUCCUGCACCGAGGAGCCACGCUAGCCGCGCUAGGCCCCCGCCGCUGCCCCGAACCCCAGGACACGGCCUCUGGGCAGAGACGCUGCCCGGGGUCCUGCAGGGAGCGCGGUGGCCUCGAGGUGCCCGACUUCUCGGCCGGCUACAUCAUCCACCUCCUCCUCCGGACCCUGCUGGAGGCAGCCUUCGGGGCCUUGAACUACCUUCUCUUUGGGUUCCUGGCCCCAAAUAAGUUCCCUUGCACGCGUCCUCCGUGCACGGGCGUGGUGGACUGCUACGUGUCGCGGCCCACGGAGAAGUCCCUGCUGAUGCUGUUCCUCUGGGCGGUCAGCGCACUGUCUUUCCUGCUGGGCCUCGCAGACCUGGUCUGCAGCCUGCGGCGGCGGAUGCGCAGGAGGCCCGGACCCCCGACGAGCCCCUCCAUCCGGAAGCAGGGCGGAGCCCCUGGCCACCCCGAGGGACGCCCGACGGACAAGGAGGGUGGGCGGGAGCAAGAGGGGGCGCCUGCGCCCCGGGUUGCACGCGCCGGAGGGGAGGGGGCCGGCAGCCCCAGGGUUACAUCCAGGGUGUCAGGGCACACGAAGAUUCCGGUUGAGGAUGAAAGUGAGGUGACAUCCUCCGCCAGCGAAAAGUUGGGCAGGCAGCCCCGAGGCAGGCCCUACCGAGAGGCCGCCCAGGACCCGAGGGGCUCAGGGUCCGAGGAGCAGCCCUCAGCAGCCCCCAGCCACCUAGCGGCGCACCCUUCCUGCAGCCGCCUGCAGCCCCCUGACCCGCCUGCCAGCUCCGUGGGUGCUCCCCACCUGAGAGCCAGGAAGUCUGAGUGGGUGUGAAAAAAACAGCACCUGGCCAUGCCCCGGGGCUCACGCCUGUAAUCCCGACACUUUGGGAGGCCCAAGCAGGAGGAUCGCUUGAGAAUGUAUCUCCUUGCCCAGGAGUUUGAGACCAGCCUGGGCAACAUAGUGAGACCCUCGUCUCUACAAAAUAUCUAAAAAUUAGCUGGGCACAGUGGCUCCCGCCUGUAGUCCCAGCUACUUGGAGGGCUGAGGUGGGAGGACCAUUUGAGCCUGGGAGAUUGAGGCUGCAGUGAGCCAAGAUCAUGGCAUGGCACUGCACUGCAGCCUGGGGAACAGAGUGAUACUCUGUC